AUGGUGGAUCUGUUGAACUCGGUGAUGAAUCUGGUGGCUCCGCCGGCCACGAUGGUGGUGAUGGCCUUCUCAUGGCCAUUACUGUGUUUCAUUAGCUUCUCAGAGCGGCUUUACAACUCUUAUUUUGUGACCGAAGACAUGGAGGAUAAAGUCGUCGUCAUCACCGGAGCUUCCUCCGCCAUUGGAGAGCAAAUAGCAUACGAAUAUGCAAAGAGGGGAGCAAACUUAGUGUUGGUGGCGAGGAGAGAGCAGAGACUGAGAGUUGUGAGCAACAACGCCAGACAAAUUGGAGCCAACCACGUCAUCAUCAUCGCUGCUGACGUCAUCAAAGAAGAUGAUUGCCGCCGUUUCAUUACUCAAGCCGUCAACUAUUACGGUCGCGUGGACCACCUAGUGAAUUCAGCAAGUCUUGGACACACGUUUUACUUCGACGAAGUGAGCGACACGACUGUCUUUCCGCAUUUGCUGGACAUAAACUUCUGGGGGAAUGUCUAUCCGACGUAUGUAGCGUUGCCAUACCUUCAAAAGACCAAUGGCCGAAUCGUUGUGAACGCAUCGGUCGAAAAUUGGCUGCCUCUGCCACGGAUGAGUCUUUAUUCUGCUGCAAAAGCGGCACUAGUCAACUUCUAUGAGACGUUGAGAUUCGAGCUAAAUGAAGAUGUUGGAAUAACUAUCGCGACUCACGGAUGGAUAGGGAGUGAGAUGAGUAGAGGAAAGUUCAUGCUAGAAGAAGGUGCUGAGAUGCAGUGGAAGGAAGAAAGAGAAGUACCUGCAAAUGGUGGACCGCUAGAGGAAUUUGCAAAAAUGAUUGUGGCAGGAGCUUGCAGGGGAGACGCGUACGUGAAGUUCCCAAACUGGUACGACGUGUUUCUCCUCUACAGAGUCUUCACGCCGAAUGUGCUGAGAUGGACAUUCAAGCUGUUGCUCUCUAGUGAGGGUUCACGUCAAAGCUCCCUUGUUGGGGUCGGGCAAGGUAUACCCUCAGACGAAUCCUCUUCACAAAUGAAACUUAUGCUUGAAGGGGGACCACCUCGGGCUCCCGCCAGCCCACCUCACUACACAGCCAGCCCACCUCGGUACACCGCAAGCCCAACUCACUACACCGCAAGCCCACCUCACUACACAGCCAGCCCACCUCGGUACACCGCAAGCCCACCUAGGUAUACCCCUAGCCCAAGCCCACCUCACUAUACCGCAAGCCCACCUCGAUAUACCGAAAGCCCGCCUUGGUAUGCUGAAACCCCACCACGAUAUACACCUAGCCCAAGCCCACCUAGGUAUGCACGGUUUAGUAUCCAAGAGUUGCAAUAG